AUGGAGUUAAAGACCUGCUGGACUGAUUGCGUCAUUGAAAGAGAGUUGGCCCUGCCUGCAAAUAACCAGGGCUGGCCAGAAGACUUCGGCUUUAAACUGGGUGGAGAUGGACCCAGUUACAUCCUCUCAGUGGUGGAGGGCAGCAGUGCGUUCAUGGCCGGGCUGCAGCCAGGCGAUCAGGUUCUGGAGAUCGACGGACAGAACGUCUCCUCUUUUAGCACUAAAGCUCUCAUUGCUUUGGCCCAGACCCUCAAGACGGUGCCGCCCAGCAUCGGAGUCGUGUCAAGAAUUGAACAGAUGGACAUUGCCCCGGGACCUGAUGGCCGUUUUGGCUUCACCAUAAUGGGAGAUGGCCCCCUGUUGGUGGAGGACUGUAUGCCCAGCUCUCCAGCAGGACGAAGUGGACUGCAAGCAGGUGACUAUGUGAUGGAGGUGAAUGGGAUUCCAGUGAAACAGCACGAGACGGCAGCCGCCAUGAUCAAGGCCUCUCAGGGACGUAUGUUGCGUCUGGGCGUGCUCCACAUAAACCGCUGGCAGAAACGCACCAGCAGCAGUAUGAAAGAGACCUUUAAGAGUGGAGACAUCGUCAAACAGGACCGCAAGCACAAAGCUCUGGAGUUCAACAAGAAGGUCGAGGAGAUUUUAGGGGAGGAGCCUGAAGUGAAAGAGAGACUUUUUGAUUUGCUGAAGCAGUAUGCAAGUGAGAGGGAUGUUGAGGGGCUGGCAUCCACGCUUCCAGAAAUACUGCUCACUGAGGACCAUCAACAACUGAUUGACAGCAUCAGGAUCUUCAUCCCUAAGAAGCACAGGCGGCAUUUUGACGAGAUGGUCUCUAAGAGUCUGAUCAGUCGGUUAAGGGGUCGAAGUUUCAGCGAGCACAGGAACAAUCAGCUUCGUCGCAGCCGGAGUGAAGACCACCAUGAACAUCUGCUGUCUGUGUCCACUCGAGCUAGCUCCGUUCCACGGACCGCCAAUGAGGAAGUGGUGAUGCCCCCUGCCCGUGGGCACCGCAAAACCACCUCGCUCAUUGCAGGACAUUCCAGCUCUUUCUCAACUCGCAGGACAGUACGUGUGUACAAAGGGAACCAGAGUUUCGGGUUCACUCUUCGUGGUCAUGCUCCAGUCUGGAUUGACUCUGUUAUACCAGGCAGCCCUGCUGAGAAGGCGGGUCUCAAACCUGGAGAUCGCAUCCUGUUUCUCAACGGGUUGGAUAUGAGGAGCUGUUCACAUGAAAAGGUGGUGUCCAUGCUACAGGGCAGUGGAGCAAUGCCCAGCCUAGUGGUUGAGGAUGAACCACCGGCCUUCACUAUGAACGAAACCAAGCAGGUAGAGGUGUCUCCUCGAUCCUGUGCUCCUGUGCUCAGCUCUCUUCAGUGGGUUGCUGAGAUCUUGCCGCCCAGUAUCCGAGUACAUGGCCGCACUUUCAGCCAGCAGCUUGAGCACCUCCUUACCCUCCAGGAGAGAUACACCAUCUGCAAAGCUCUGGAGGCAUUCUUCCAGCACAGAAAUGUAGAUACUUUGAUUGUGGAUGUGUUUCCUGUGUUGGAUACCCCAGCAAAGCAGGUGAUCUGGCAGUUUGUUUACCAACUGCUCACCUAUGAGGAGCAGGACCACUGCCAGAAAAAGAUCUCGCGCUUCCUUGGCUAUAAAGUCACACUGCCAGCAUCAGAACCUGAACAUCCAGCCCAUGAGCCUCCCCGGCGCAGCAGCUCUAUGAAGGUCACAGGAACCACCAACAGGAGCAGUGUGAGGGGACGCAGCUCAGAUGAUCUUGUUAUCGGCACGCACCUGGGAAUGGGGAUUUGCACUGAGCCGGUGGAAGUGGUCCCUAUGAGACUAACUCCUGGAAAUAGGCAAUCAGGGGAUGGAACUUCUUUACCAGAGACAGUCAACAAUCAUCUGUCAGCAGUAUAUUCGGAGCUGGAGAAUGUCUAUGUUGGUAAAAGGUCCAAAUCCCUGAAGAGUCGAUCCCCUCUGGCACCUGACACUCUGGUUAAUGUGGAUGUCUUUCCACAAUCUUCCUCACAGUCCAUAAGAGCUCACUCAUCCUCUCCAUCUGUUCGAGCCACUUCAGGUAGCCGCAAAUGUACAUCAGCGCAGUCUGCACUUCCUCAUCCACCCCCACCACCUCCUCCCCAGCAUGAAUCUUGGACAGAGGAGUUGCCCCUCAGUCCCCAGUGCCCCGGUUACCCUCCACUUCUUCCCUCCCAAUCAAGUGCUGAGUCCAACCCUUACAUCAGUUUGGACAACCCACCUCACUCUCCACCCUCUCCUCCCGAUUAUCCCCCUAGUCCACACAUUCGCAAGAAGCGCUACACCUUCUCACGGCCACCCCAUACCCCAGACACAGAUCUGUUCAUGGAGGCCCUGAAUGAGCAGCUGGGACAGCAGUUAUCUGUGGAUGACUUUCUGUCACCUGAGAAUGACUAUGAAGAGGAUGUUGUCCAGAUGACCUUCCAAAAUGAGGAAGAGGAGGUAGAGGAGGAUGUGGAAGAGGAGGAGGAGGAGGAAGAGGGUCUGUACAUGCAUCCAGAGCUAAGCAGUCCGAGCGAAGUGCAUAGCAGCAGUGAGGAUGCCAGCUCUCUUACCUACUCCUCCAGCUCCGAGCACAUUCCUCCACCCCCUCUGACUUCUCCUCCCCCUCCCCCCAUUCAAUAUAAUGAAACUCCUCCACCUUCUGGCUUCACCCCUGACCAUGCACCCAAUCAACUCACCUUCCAUCGCCACCCUGGACCUCCACCACCACCUCCGCCAAGGGCUAACCUGCCACCCAAACGGCAGUCCGUUCACAAGGUGUUGCCCACCUGUGACACGAUGAUCACCCAGCACCAAGACCUUAAGGAACAUCACUCACUUCCAGUACAACCCACUGGUUGCUACUCCCAGCAACCCAAGCAGCAGAUGCACCAGUCUUUGCCCCCUUUACCCUCUCCAGAUACAUGCAUCCCUGGCCGCAGAGUGUAUGAGAUGCACCAUCAGGUUCUUCCAACUCGCCAGCUUCAUCAACACCACCAGAGUCAUCAGAUGCUUCAAGGUCAUCAAAAUAAACCAAGUCACCAAUCUCAGUCAAGUCAUCAAAUGCACCAAAGUCAACGCACACACAAGACUAUUCCUACUCAACUCUCUAGCUCCAUGGAUAGACUUGAUAGGAUUGAACAAAAGGAACGCUCAGAUAGACAUACCUAUGAGAUGCAGCCUCAACCCUUGCAUCCAGAUCAAGAGAUUCACCAUGCAUAUCAGAGUCAUCAGGCUUACCUAUCGAGUUCCAUGGACAGGCUUGACAGAUUGGAACAGAUGCAGUGUUCGGAGCAUAUGGAGCAGAUUGAGAGACUGGAAAGAGCGGACCGACAAAUGCACGGGAGGCGCAUGGCUCAAGCUAUUUCUCAAGCUAUUCAUCCAUCUCAGCAGCCUCAUCAGACUCAACAACAGUACCACCACCUGACGCAUCAGAUUCAUCAAGUCUACCCACCAACCCAGCCUCCAAAACCAACUUGCCACAUUCACCAGAUUGAACACAUACACCAGGUUCAGCCCAUUCAGACUGCUCCUCAGUACCACCAGAUCCAUCAACCCCACCAACCUCUCCAGACCCAACAGAUUCUGUCCACCUUCCAGCCCCAUCCUUCACAACAGGAACAACAGCAGCUUCAGCAGCAGAUGAAGCAGCAGCAUCAGAUUCAACAGGAGCAGGAGCAGAUUCAGCAGCAACAACAGCUUCAACAGCAACAGCAGCAUAAACUUCAACAACAGCAGAUUCAACAGCAAAUUCAGCAGCAGCAGCAACAACAUAUUCAGCAGCAGCAACACCGCUCCUCUCCCUCCAUUGCACAGGCCAGACAGAGCCCUCAACCCAUGUACCACGAACAUCGCCAUCAUCACCACCAUCAUGGCCAUCACGAAGCCCAGUACCAAGUGCAACAACCAAGUACAAACCGACCUCAAAGCCACCACCUCAUCGAAGAGUCCACUGUAGAGCCACCUCCUCCUCCACCUUUACCCCCACCUUGCGUGCUUCCUCCACUCCCAAAGGCCUUGCAACCAAAAUUGGAUUCCAGUCAUAUGAGUGUAAAGAGGUUACGCUGGGAACAGGUGGAAAACUCAGAGGGAACCAUUUGGGGACAGUUGGAAGAAGAAUCUGAUUAUGAUAAGUUGAGUGACAUGGUGAAAUAUCUCGACUUGGAGCUUCAUUUUGGGACACAAAAGAACCCUGUUUCUUUUCCAGAGCCCUCACCUCAGACAGAGACGUUCAAAAAGAAAGACGUUGUAGAGAUUCUCUCCCAUAAGAAGGCCUACAAUGCUUCAAUCCUGAUUGCCCAUCUGAAGCUGUCACCAGGCGAGCUGCGGCAGGUAUUGAUGACGAUGUCAAGCGAGCAUUUGGAGCCUCCACACAUUAAACAGUUGCUGCUGUAUGCACCAGAUGAUGAUGAGGUUAGACAAUAUGAGCAGUACAGAGAUGAUCCGAGGAAACUCAGUGAGCCUGACCAGUUUGUCCUUCAGAUGCUUUCGGUGCCAGAGUAUAAAACUCGAUUGAAAAGUCUCCAUUUUAAGACUACAUUACAAGAGAAAACCGAAGAGAUGAGAGGAGCCUAUGACUGUGUUUUCAAGGCUUCGCUGGAGCUGAAAAACAGCAGAAAACUAGCCAAGAUUCUGGAGUUUGUACUUGCCAUGGGGAAUUACCUGAACAAUGGCCAACCAAAGACCAAUAAAACAACUGGCUUUAAGAUCAAUUUUCUUACUGAACUCAGCACCACCAAAACAGUAGAUGGAAAGUCAACAUUUCUUCACAUCCUGGUAAAAUCAUUGUGCCAGCACUUUCCUGAGGUUCUGGACUUUGGCGAGGAGCUUAUGACAGUGCGACAAGCUGCCAAAGUGAAUAAGAAAAACAUAAUCUCUGACUUUAAUGACCUACAUGCCACAAUCCAGGACAUUCGUUUAGCCUGCCUGAAGAUACCAGCCACUGCUGAGGAUCGUUUUGCUGUUGUUAUGGGUGGUUUUCUGGAAAACAGUCACCCUGCAGUGCAGUCUCUAGAGUCUGUACAGCAGAGAGCGAUGGAAGAGUUCGGUAAAGUUGCAUCCUUCUUCGGUGAGGAUGGAAAUGCCAUCACCACAGAGAGCUUCUUCGGGAUCUUUGCGGAGUUCAUUGAUAAAUUUGAGAGAGCUCUGAAUGACAUCCAGAACACAGAAAACCCUCCACGCAGUCCCAGGAGUCACCACACGGCCUCUCCUUUAGCCUGGUGAAGAAAUCCCCCCACGUCUGUCCAACGCACACACACACACACACACACACACACACACACACGUUGGGUUUCCAUGUUUUAUGAGGACUCUCCAUAUACAUAAUGGUUUUUAUACUGUACAAACUUUAUAUUCUAUCCCCUAAACCUAACCCUACCCCUAAACCUAACCCUCACAGAAAACUUUCUGCAUUUUUACAUUUUCAAAAAACAUAAUUUAGUAUGAUUUAUAAGCUGUUUUCCUCAUGGGGACCGACUGAUUGUCCCCAAAAAGUUAAUGAUUUCAGGUUUUACUAUCCUUGUGGGGACAUUUGUUCCCCACAAUGUAGGGAAUACCUGGACACACACACACACACACACACACACACACACACACACACUUAUUAUUAAAAAGUUCACAACGUGCACAAAUGCUCACUUACAUACACUCCAAUAUAUGGUAGUCCACAAGGAUUUAGAGAUGAUGUGGUAAUUUCUGGAAACGGCUAACAAACUGGACUGCUUCUAUAGUUGGAUCAAUGCUACACGGAAACAGCACAAAUGUUUUUAAAGCCAAAAAGAACAUAAGUUUCCUCUUGUUCAGGUUCAGUUAAAUGGUCUGAGGAAUUACUGCACUUACAGGAUGAACUGCAGAUGAUUGUUUGUGGCACUGCAAAACCUGGAACUUUUUUUGCCACUCGCAAAUGUCCAGGGUAAAAGUUGGGGCACAAAUUGCCACCAUAUUUUUUUCCGUGGAUUUUGUAAACCUAAUAAGUGCAUUUAGAUAAUAAACAGUAUUUUAUAUAUACUAUUAAAUGUAAUUAGGUCUAUAAGUAUCGGAUUUCAACAAAAUUGGCAUAGGGUGAAUUCAGGUAAAUUUGGCCACUUUUUAGACAGUCAUGUCCAUGUCAAAAGGGACCCAAUUGAACUGAAAUCACAAUAUGAAUAUACAUGUUGUUAAAGGGAAAGGUGCUUUGUUUAAAAACGCAUCUUUAAUGUCUUUAAACAGAAUGUGGGUUUAGAUUUAUUCACUGGUGUUGUUAAAAUGUUGCAUCACUGAGCAACUAAUUAUUUGAAUAAACAUGGUAACCAACUGAUACAAUGUAGUGCAAUAUAUUACAAAAUUAAGAACUCUAAUAAAUAACUGGAAUAGAUAGAUAUAUCUUAAUUUGCUUUGCUAGUUGUGGGCAAACAUAGCCUAAUUAACGUGAACAUAAAAUAGAUGAAUUUACUACAUGUUUUUGCUAUUUUUAAGUAACUGUACCUUUUAUGCUUCUAACCUGCUUCUAUUUAUUUUUUUACCAUAGUGAAUAUUACCAUAGUAUAUUCUUGUACUUGUGAGUUUAUUGCACAAGUAUGUUUAAAAGAUUAUUUGGGACUUUCCAUAUGAUUGUGUAUUAAACCAUCCGAAUGUAAAAAUGAUGAAAAUAUCAUCUACAGUGUUGAAGUGCUGAUUGGUUUCCCAUAUGUGACAAAUCUUGAUAUGGUAAUAUUUAUCAUGUGAAUCAAUGUAUUUAAUUUUUUUCACAUCUUUGAUUAUUUUCACAUCUUUGAUUUUGUAUUUUGAGGAUUUUACAAUCAAAUUUAAAGACCCAGGGGCUUGUAAAUUACAACCCCAAUUCUGAACAAAAAGUUGGAUCAGGAUGAAAAAUGCUAAUGAAAACAAAAAUGUGUGAUUUGUAAAUUAUAUUCACCCUUUGCUAUAUUGAACACCACAACUACACUUAAUAUGAUGUUUUAACUUGUGAAUUUUAAUGUUUUUAUGAAAAUGUACAGAAAUUAAAAAAAUAAUGACGGGGACAAUUUAAGACUAUUAACAAUUUGACGAGUUGAAAUAACAAGGCGAUGUGAAACAGGAGUGUGGCAGGGCGGAGGGCGGGCCUGUUUGUGAUUCGACACACCCGGCCCCUAAUCAGUCCAAUCAAGCCUCAGAGAGGGAUAAAGGCCGACUGGAGACUGCAGUGGGACAGAGAGAGAGAGAUUUACGGGCAGCUGUCCGACACCUUUGUGUCUUUUUGUUUAAGUUGCUUAUUAAAAUAUUAUUUAUAUUCUCAAGCCGGUUCUCACCACCUCCUUUCCCUUUAAUCCCUUUACAAUGAGAUGUUAAACAGGUGAGGCAAUCAAGUUAUAGUAUAUAAGGAGCCUCCAAAAACAGCCCAGUUCUUCAAGAGCAAUGAUCAUUUGAGACUUGUCAAUUUGCCAACAGAUGCUUCAGCAAAUAAUCCAGGACUUUAAGAACAAUGAUCCCCAAAGACAAAUUGGAAGGAUUUGGGGCAUUUUACCCUCUACAGUGCACAAUAUAGUUAAAAGAUUCAAGAAAUCUGGUCAAAUCUCAGGUGCAUAAAGGGCCAGACGAAAACCACUUCUGAAUGUUUGUGAUCUCUGAUUCCUCAGACGUCACCGUCUUAAAAAACAUCAUUCACCUGUAAUGGAUAUCAUGAACAUGGGAUUGGGAUUACUUUAGUAAAUCUUUGUUAGUCAACAUCACUCACUGCUGCAUCCACAGAUGCAAGUUAAGACAUUACUAUGCAAAGGAGAAGCCGUACAUCAUCUCUCUGGGCUCGAUCUCAUCUUAGAUGGGAAGUAGAACAGUGGAACAGAGUUUUUGGUCUGAAGAGUCACAUUUCAAAAAGUUUUUUUAAAAACACAGCUGUUGUGUUCUCCAGUUCAAAGAGGAAAAGGACCAUCCAAGCUGUUAUUAGCGCCAGCUCCAAAAGCCAGUGUCUGUAUGGGCCAGGGGUGUGUCAGUGGGUAACUAGCACAUCUGUUAGGGCACCAUUAAUGCAGAAAGAUAUGUACAAAAUGUAUAUAUUGUAUUUAAAUAUACUGCCAUCCAGCACAUGUCCAGUGACAACUGCAAGCCAUAUACUGCCCAGAUUUCAAGUGCAUGGCUGUGUAAACCGAGGGUGCGGGUGCUAGAUUGGCUUGCCUGCAGUCCUGACCAUCUCCAAUUGUGAAUGUGUGGUGCAUUAUGCACAAUGAAGACAUCAUACAAUUGUGCAGCUGAAGACCUGCAUAUAACGGAUGAACGGGGGAAAUUCCACUUUCUAAACUUAAUAAACUUGUGUCUUCAGUGCCCAAAUGCUUAUUCAAAGUGUUAUUAGAAGAAAUGGUGAUGUUUCACAGUGGAAAACACUCGACUGUCCCAACGUUUUAUUAGCGUGUUGCAAUCAUCUGAUUUGAAAUUACUGUAAAUUUAAAAGAAAAAAAUUAUUCACAAGGUCAAACAUCAUAUAAUGUGUAGUUCUGGUGCUUUCAAUGUAGCAAAGGGUGAAUAUAAUUUACAAAUCACACAUUUUUAUUUUUAUUAGCAUUUUUCAUACUGUCCAAACUUCUAUAAAUGAUUGAUUUACUGAUUAUUAUAUACUCCGUAUUGCCUUACUGUAUGUGCUUUACCUUCUCCUUUUUUUCUUUUGUUAAGGAAGUGAUCAACAAUGUUAAUGAUCACUUCAUGUGUGUUCUCACAGUAUAUUGAAUGUGAUGGCCAAAAGAACUGAGAACAUCUUGAACAUCUAACUUAACUUGAAACGGCCACAGAUGACAAAUUAGUGUUUGCCGCUGAUGAAUGCAAAAAUAAAUUCAUAAAUAAAAACACAACUUAUUGGGCAGUGCAGCAUUUUUACUAUUAUUCAUUCAUUUGAGAAACUGCAUAAAGGUUAUUUUAGAGAUUACACAUUUUUCCUUUCGUAAUGUGUCAUGUUUA